CCCCGCCCCCGCCGCCCCCCGGGCCAGCCCCCACCCGGCCCGCCCGCGGCCGUCUUUCCAGCCCGUGCCGCAGCGCCUCGGGAAGUUUAUUCCGCCCGCCCUCCUCCCCUUCCUUCUCCGCCUCCUCUUCACCCCGCCUCCCCUCCCUCCUCCGGCUCUUUCCCCGGGGUGGCUGCCGCUGCCGCCGCCGCUGCCAGGCUGCUCCUCGGCCAGCCGCGCCGGCCCCAGGGCUGGAAAGCCCCCGGCGCCCCGCACCGGCUCGCCGCAGCCGCCCGCCGCAGCCGCCGCCGCUGCCGCUCUGGGCCGGCCGCCGGCCCUCGGCCCCGCGGAGUUCCGGGCUCCCUCGCCGGCUGCACCGCCCCGCCCCGCGCCGCGCCGCGCCGACCUGCAGCGCCCGGCUGGCUCGCACUCCGCCUCCCCCGGCUCGGCCCCCAGCCGCCGCGGGACCAGAGCCCCGAGCCGCUUGUGAGCGUCACAUUGCCAGCGCGAGAGCUACUGGAGAAUUCUCAUUAUUCCAGGAGACUCUGGGAGCGCCUCUCCCACCUCCAAGGCUCCAGGAGCAAGUGAGCGGAGCUCUGAGGAAGAGCCACUGCUGGAAGGACUGCGGGAGGAGAUGCCCCGGAGCCGGCUCUAAGUUGUACAAUGGUAGAUGGAGUGAUGAUUCUUCCUGUGCUAAUGAUGAUUGCUUUCCCUUCCCCUAGUAUGGAAGAUGAGAAGCCCAAGGUUAACCCUAGACUUUACAUGUGUGUGUGUGAAGGCCUCUCCUGUGGAAAUGAGGACCACUGUGAAGGCCAGCAGUGCUUUUCCUCGCUGAGCAUAAACGAUGGCUUCCACGUCUACCAGAAAGGCUGCUUCCAGGUCUAUGAGCAGGGGAAGAUGACCUGUAAGACCCCGCCGUCACCCGGCCAAGCUGUGGAGUGCUGCCAAGGGGACUGGUGUAACAGGAACAUCACCGCCCAGCUGCCCACUAAAGGGAAAUCCUUUCCUGGAACCCAGAAUUUCCACUUGGAGGUUGGCCUCAUCAUUCUGUCUGUAGUGUUUGCAGUCUGCCUUCUAGCCUGCCUGCUGGGAGUUGCUCUCCGAAAAUUUAAAAGGCGCAACCAAGAACGCCUCAACCCCAGAGAUGUGGAGUAUGGCGCCAUCGAAGGGCUCAUCACCACCAAUGUCGGAGACAGCACGUUAGCAGAUUUAUUGGAUCAUUCGUGUACGUCGGGAAGCGGCUCUGGUCUUCCUUUUCUGGUACAAAGAACAGUAGCCCGUCAGAUCACACUGCUGGAGUGUGUUGGGAAAGGCAGGUAUGGUGAGGUGUGGAGGGGCAGUUGGCAGGGGGAGAAUGUCGCUGUGAAGAUCUUCUCCUCCCGGGAUGAGAAGUCGUGGUUCAGGGAAACAGAGUUGUACAACACUGUGAUGCUGAGGCAUGAAAAUAUUUUAGGUUUCAUUGCUUCAGACAUGACAUCAAGACACUCCAGUACACAGUUGUGGUUAAUCACACAUUAUCAUGAAAUGGGAUCGCUGUAUGACUACCUUCAGCUUACUACUCUGGAUACAGUGAGCUGCCUGCGAAUAGUGCUGUCCAUAGCUAGUGGUCUCGCACAUUUACACAUAGAGAUCUUUGGGACCCAAGGGAAACCAGCCAUUGCUCACCGAGAUUUAAAAAGCAAAAACAUCCUGGUUAAGAAGAAUGGACAGUGUUGCAUAGCAGAUUUGGGCCUGGCAGUCAUGCAUUCCCAGAGCACCAAUCAGCUCGACGUGGGGAACAACCCCCGUGUGGGCACCAAACGCUACAUGGCCCCCGAAGUUCUAGAUGAAACCAUCCAGGUGGAUUGUUUCGAUUCUUAUAAGAGAGUCGAUAUUUGGGCCUUUGGACUUGUCUUGUGGGAAGUGGCCCGGCGGAUGGUGAGCAAUGGUAUUGUGGAGGAUUACAAGCCACCGUUCUAUGAUGUGGUUCCCAAUGACCCAAGUUUUGAAGAUAUGAGGAAGGUGGUCUGUGUAGAUCAACAGAGGCCCAACAUACCCAACAGAUGGUUCUCAGACCCGACAUUAACCUCCCUGGCCAAGCUGAUGAAAGAAUGCUGGUAUCAAAAUCCAUCUGCCAGACUCACAGCCCUGCGUAUCAAAAAGACUUUGACCAAAAUUGAUAAUUCCCUAGACAAAUUGAAAACUGACUGUUGACAUUUUCACGGUGUCAAGAAGGAAGGUCUGACGUCGUCCAGCUGGGACCUAAUGCUGACCUGACUGGUUGUCAGAACAGAAUCCAUCUGUCUCCCUCCCCAAAUGACUGCUUUGACAAGGCCGACAUCUUACCCGGCUGUGUGCUGGGGAGACACCAAAACCACCCUAACCUCGCUCAAUGACUGUGAACUGGGCAUUUCACAAACUGUUCACGCUGCAGAGACUCAUGUUGGACAGACACUGUUGCAAAGGUAGGGAACUGGAGGAACACAGAGAAAUCCUAAAAGAGAUCUGGGCAUUAAGACAGUGGCUUUGCAUAUCUUCACAGGUCUCCUAGACACUCCCCACGGGAAACUCAAGGAGGUGGUGAAUUUUUAAUCAGCAAUAUUGCCUGUGCUUCUCUUCUUUAUUGCACUAGGAAUUCUUUGCAUUCCUUACUUGCACUGUUACUCUUAAUUUUAAAGACCCAACUUGCGGAAACAUUGGCUCCGUACUCCACUGGUCUGUCUUUGGAUAAUAGGAAUUCAAUUUGGCAAAACAAAAUAUAAUGUCAGACUUUGCUGCAUUUUACACAUGUGCUGAUGUUUACAAUGACGCUGAACAUUAGGAAUUGUUUAUACACAACUUUGCAAAUUAUUUAUUACUUGUGCAGUAGCAGUUUUUACAAAACUGCUUCAUGCAUAUGUUAAAGCUUAUUUUUAUGUGGUCUUAUGAUUUUAUUACUGAAAUGUUUUUAACACUAUACUCUGAAAUGGACAUUUUCUUUUAUUAUCCGUUAAAUUCACAUUUUAAGUGCUUCACAUUUAUGUGUGUAGACUGUAACUUUUUUUUUCAGUUCAUAUGCAGAACGUAUUUAGCCAUUACCCAUGUGACACCACCGAAUAUAUUACUGAUUUAGAAGCAAAGAUUUCAGUAGAAUUUUAGUCCUGAACGCUGUGGGGAAAAUGCAUUUUCUUCAGAAUUAUCCAUUAUGUGCAUUUAAACUCUGCCAGAAAAAAAUAACUAUUUUGUUUUAAUCUACUUUUUGUAUUUAGUAGUUAUUUGUAUAAAUUAAAUAAAAUGUUUUCAAGUCAAA